AUGGGUAAAGGAACGGACAAGCUUUACAUCACACACUCCGAGUGGGCAUCGGAAGAUGCAUUCUCAGCCAGCGCAGGCGCUGGUGUCGCCAGAGCCCGACAAGGAGGCUCCCAUGCGACAUUCAAGCGACUACCGUUCAAUUUUUGCUCCCUCUCCCUCCAGCCGUUUGCGCAUCCGGUCUGCACACACGCAGGAACCAUCUUCGACCUGACCAACAUCUUGCCGUGGAUUAAAAAGCAUGGGACCAACCCGGUAGACGGAUCGCCGCUGAAGAGCGGCGACUUGAUCAAGCUCACUAUCGCGAAGAACGAGGACGGCGAAUAUGUCGACCCGGUGACGUACAAGGUCCUGACGGACAACACACAUAUCGUCGCACUGCGAAAUACGGGCAAUGUCUUCUCCUGGGAUACUGUGGAACGGUUGAAUAUCAAGGGGAAAAUGUGGCACGAUCUCGUCACGGAUGAGGAGUUUACUCGCAAGGACAUCAUCACCCUACAGGACCCGCAAAAUAUCGAAUCGCGCAAUCUCAGCUCAUUCAACUACCUAAAAGAAGGCGAAACGGAUAUUCCUGGACAGAGCCAGCCUACAGGAUCUGUCAACGCCAAUGCGCUUGGUAGUUCUGCGAAGAUCUUGAAGGCAAAGGAGGCUGUGGCCAAGGCGCGCGCAGAAAGGGCUCAGCAGCAGGCCGGUUCUGCUGCUUCGAAGGCUGUCUCCAAGGCUGGCGCUGCCGGGGCAAAUCCAUCGAAGUCGGUUACGGCCCAAGCAGGCAAGCCUACGCCAUACAAUGCCGCGAAAUUUACGACUGGCAAGGCUGCCGCUUCGUUCACUAGCACCGGAUUGACUCCUCACACAUCGGCCGAGUUGGCGCUCCUAUCAGAAGAAGAGUACAUGCUGAAGCGGGGACGGGUCAAGGCCAAGGGCUACGCUCGGAUCGACACUACUGCCGGACAUUUGAAUGUGGAGUUAUACGCGGAAUAUGCCCCAAAGGCCGUAUGGAAUUUCAUUCAACUAGCCAAGAAGGGCUACUACAAGGGUGUCACCUUUCACCGAAACAUCAAGGGCUUCAUGAUCCAAGGUGGUGAUCCUACCGGUACGGGUCGAGGCGGCGAAAGCGUCUGGGGCAAGUACUUUGCCGAUGAGUUUGAAGGGCCGUUGAAGCACGAUGGACGAGGCACGCUCAGUAUGGCCAACAAGGGCAAGAACACGAACAGCAGUCAAUUUUUCUUCGCCUACCGAGCCUUGCCUCACCUUGACCGCAAACACACUGUCUUCGGCCGACUAAUUGAUGAUCCUUCUCCCUCGUCUACGACCCUCAACGCCCUCGAAACACAUCCUGUGGAGGCCAACACCAACCGUCCUAUCCCCGAAGUCCGCAUCAAGGACGUGACUGUCUUCGUGGACCCAUUCGAGGACUUCCUCAACCAGAAGCGAGCGGAAGGGACCCAAGGUACUGCCGCCGCAGACGCCGAUGGCGAUGAGACGAGUCGACGUGCCGACGAUGACCGUGUUACCUGGACUGGAAAGCGGGUCCGGGGCGCCGGCGCAGAUUCCAAUGCAGAGGGACCAGGCGGCGUUGGUAAAUACCUCAAAGCUGCACUGACCGACCGAGGCGGCGAGGAAGAUGAAAUCGUAGAGUUUGUGGAUGAGGAGCCCGAGCCCGAACCGGUUCGUAAAAAGGCCAAGGGCACUGGCGGCUUUGGAGACUUUAGUUCGUGGUAA